AUGACCAAUGGAGGCGGGGAGGGUGGAAGUCAACAGAGAGAGCCACACAGGAAAAGAAGUGAUUUUACCUACGCGCUCGCUAGAAUGGCCGUGGCGCAGAUAUGCGAGACCGUCGAGAUCAACACUUACCAGGAAUCACAGGCGCGAGAAGGUGUGAGGUUCUGUGCUUUUCAGGAGUCCGCGCUCGAUUCUCUAACCGAUGUGGUGAUCCAAUACAUUCAAAGCAUUGGGAAGACGACGCAGUUCUAUGCUAAUAUGGCUGGUAGAGUAGAAGGUAAUGCUAUGGACAUUGUUCAAGCGUUGGAGGAUUUGGGGUCUGGAUUGGGGUUUGAUGGUGCUCCUGAUAUAGAGCAUUGUCUAGCUGAUUCUGGUGUAGUCAAGGAUAUUAUUCGUUAUACAGGGGAAGCGGAGGAGAUGCCGUUUGUUUACUCUCUUCCUCGGUUUCCUUUUAACAAAGGGAAGAGACGAGCUCCUAGCUUCUCUGAGAAUGGAGCAGAGCCACCAGAUGCGCAUAUUCCAGUUUGGCUUCCUGCUUUUCCUGAAACCAAGAUUUCUAACGGUGUGGAGGAGGAGACUAAUGUUGAGAAAGUAGAAGGAUAUGUGCAAAGUAAAGAGAACGGACCGUCUUUGGCGAGUGUGCAGCAGUCUGUGGAUGUUGAUAGGUUGAAAGUUCAGAAAUCUAUGGAUCCAAAGGAUGUUCAGAAACCAACAGAGGAGCCAGAAGGCAACCCGUUCCUUGCUGCACCAGUUUGGGUUGGAGAGAAGAAUGUGCCUCGUGUGUUUUACCCGUCAGAGCUUACAAAUGAAGAAGUUGGCGUUAGUCACGUUCCUGAGAAACAAAUGAACAAGAGCCAUCACAUUCCACCCCUCGAGGCGUAUGCUCCAUCUGAUAUGAUCAGCGAGAAGAACAGAUUAGCUGAAACGGAGGAUGGAGAGAGAAAAGAUGGUGCAAGAACACCGCGCGCCUUGCUUCGUUUUAAGAUUGGGAGUCGAAAGGCCUCUGUGUGUUGGACGACAAAACAGAGCUUAGAGGAGAAGGGUUGGUUUCAAGAGGAUGGAGACAAGAAGGGGAAGAAGGUAGAAUGCGAAGAGAAGUGCGAAAGUAUUGGCACUGAUGUAAAAUAG